AUGUUAGAACCAUUCCCCCGAGAAGGAUUAUGGCACGAUGAAGCCAACUUCUACGGCGACGUCGGAGCUAUAGUGGUAGUUCUAGCUGCUAUAGCGGUCGGGUUACGCUUCUACUCGCGGCACUAUACAAAAGCUGGCUUCAAAUGGGAUGACUGGCUUAUACUAGUGGCACUGGUAGCUACGAUCCUGACCGAUGUGUUGGUGCUGUACGCGACCAGCGUGAAUCCGGAUGGCGCCGAGGUGGCGUCUAACACAGACCCCAGCUACCAGUACACACCCGCAGAUGUCCAGUUCACCAAACUGAGCUACAUCGGGACAGUGCUCUACUUUACCAUCACUUCUGCGACCAAAGUAUCUAUUCUACUGAUGUAUAACCGGUUAUUUUCUGUCGACGCUUCGUUUCAUCGUCAAGCCAUCAUCGUUGCCGUGGCUGUAGUAGGCUUCUGGAUCGGAUGCACUGUGGCCGAUCUGCUCGAUUGCAUUCCGAUCGAAUGGACGUGGUUGAAUGCGCUUGAUGAUCCACGGUACUGCUUCAAUUAUAACAUAUUUUGGCUUGCCAGUGGAAUCGUGGAGGCUUGUCUAGAUAUCGUGAUUAUCAUCAUGCCUGUUAGGGUAGUGAUAGGGUUAAAUCUGAAUAAAGGCAAGAAAUUUGCUGUUGCGGGCGUGUUCUUGCUAGGCGUCUUCGUCAUUUUCUCAGGAAUCGUUAAAGUUAUCCUGAGUUAUGUACCUGGGAGCCGUGAGCCGUCGUUUGGUAGGACAGAAGUAUGGACGACAGUUCACUGCUGCACAGGUAUAGUCUGUGCAUGUCUUCCAAUAUGCUGGCCUCUGUUUACCCGGGCUGUGAAACUCAGCCCGAGUAGUUGGCCUGGCGUUUCUUCAAUUCGGAAGCAUUGGUACAGCUUCAGCGGCUGGUCAUCGGUGGAAAGGAGGAGUGUGCAAAGAAACACUUCACCACAGCUCGGUCAAGACACAGAUAAUAGUGUGAGAGGAUAUGAGCUACCGAUAUACAUCCCUGAUACUGGGGGGGUUGCGGGAGUUGAACAGCCUCCCUUGGUAUAA